AUGGAGAACGAAUCUAUCAGCGUCAGCUAUAAGUUAACUCUGGACCCAUUUUUUAUUCCGCCUGGUGGAAAGUAUCCCAUCUUUUUCCUGGGCAUUGCUAUCUAUUCAUUUUGUGCGUUCUGCAACCUGACCUUACUGUCCGUCAUCGUCAUGCAAAGGAACCUUCACAAACCCAUGUAUUUUAUUCUCUUCAGUCUUCCUCUCAACGAUCUGAUAGGAAUCACUGCGAUGCUCCCAAAGGUGCUGUCAGACAUUGUGACUGAGACAAACACGGUCUUUUACCCCCUCUGUGUUAUUCAGGGGUUUCUGCUCCACAUGUACGGAGGCGCGGUUCUCUUUAUCCUUGCGGCUAUGGCCUUUGAUCGUUAUGUUGCCAUCUGCCAGCCGUUGAGGUACAGUACUAUAAUGACACCCAGGAAUGUGGCGGUCAUUAUUUUACUGGUUUGGGGUCUUGACCUCCUCUUGAUCCUACUGCUGUUCUCUCUGCAGAUAAAGCUUCCCCGGUGUAGAUCCUCCAUAAUGAAUGUGUUUUGUGAUAACCCCUCCCUUCUUAAACUCACCUGUGGUAAUACUACACUGAAUAAUGUCAUAGGACUGUUUAACACUGCAGUCAUGCAGGUUAUAAGUGUGUCCAUUCAGAUUUUUUCCUAUGUGAAGAUUCUGAUCACUUGCUUGGUUACAAGAAAGUCUGACGCUAAGAGUAAGGCUUUGAACACCUGUGUGGCACAGUUGGUCAUAUUCUUCAUAUUUGAGGUUGUAGGAACCUUCACAAUUUUAUCACACAGAUUCAAGAUUGUCUCAGCUGACUUGCAAAAGAUUAUGGGCAUGCUCAUCUUUCUAGUAUCUCCACUUAUGAAUCCAAUUGUAUACGGGCUGAAUGCAAGUGAAAUACGAAUCACCCUACUGAAAGUAUUUCUCAACAAAGUAUCAGUCUGA